AUGCAUCAGUUAAAUGUACGGGCUGGCUUAAUAUCUAUCUAUCUAUCUAUCUAUCUAUCUAUCUAUCUAUCUAUCUAUCUAUCUGUUAUGAUCCGGUUCCUUGUACAAAGAUCCCAUAACACUAUCUAUGUUCAUUAUCUAUCUAUCUAUCUAUCUAUCUAUCUAUCUAUCUAUCUAUGUUCAUUGUCUAUCUUUCUAUCUACCUAUUUAGCUAUCUACAUCGAUCUGUUCCUAUCUAGUUAUUUUAAUUUAUUUUUAGCUAGCUAUCUAUCAAAAAUUGAGAAAGAGAGAGAAGAUCUGUUCAUUAUCUAUCUCUUUCGAUGUCUUUAUCUAUCUAUUUAUCUAUCUAUCUAUCUUUCUAUCUAUAUUUAUUCAUUAUCUAACUCUUUCGAUUUCUUUAUUAUCUAUCUAUCCCUAUUCACUAUCCAUCUCUUUCGAUCUAUAUUCAUUAUCUAUCUAUCUAUCUAUCUAUCUAUCUAUCUAUCUAUCUAUCUAUCUAUCUAUCUAUUCCAUCUGUUCUAUAUCAUCUAUCUAUCUAUCUAUCUAUCUAUCUAUCUAUCUAUCUAUUCCACUCUGUUCUCUAUCUAUCUAUCUAUCUAUCUAUCUAUCUAUCUAUCUAUCUAUCUAUCUAUUCCACCCUGUUCUCUAUCUAUCUAUCUAUCUAUCUAUCUAUCUAUCUAUCUAUCUAUCUAUCUAUCUAUCUAUUCCACCCUGUUAUCUAUCUAUCUAUCUAUCUAUCUAUCUAUCUAUCUCAUCCUAUUCAUCUAUCUAUCUAUCUAUCUAUCUAUCUAUCUAUCUAUCUAUCUAUCUAUCUAUCUAUCUAUCUAUCUAUGUAUAUUCAUUAUCUACGCCUUUCGAUCUAUCUAUCAAUCUAUUAGACUGAAGGGAGAAGAAAGAGGAUUCACACCUUUCCCUUUCUAUCUAUCUAUCUAUCUAUAUCUAUCUAUCUAUCUAUCUAUCUAUAUCUACUCUCCUUUUCUUAUUUUAACGUUAUUUUUCCUACCUCUCUAUGACCUAUGUCUACCUCGCAAUUCUUGUUCUUAUUUCGUUUAUAUACUUUCUUUUUUCUCGUUCUUCUUAUUUUUCUUCUACAUAUUUUCUUUUUCUCGUGAUUUUUGUUCAUUUUCUUAUUUUCCUUUGUUCGUAUUCUUAUUCAUUUUUUGUUUUUGUUCUUUCUCUUGUUAUUAUUAUUAUUAUUAUUAUUAUUAUUUUCUUGUUUUUUUUUAUGCUUCUUCCGCCUUUUUUCACACAUUUUUUCAGAUUUUCUUCUUCUUUUGCAGCGAUUGUUCUUAUUUCUUUCUUUUAUUUUUGCUGUUGUUGUUCAUCUUGUUCAUCUUUUUAAUCUUUUAUAUUCUUCUUCCACGUUUUGUUAUUAUUGUUGUUGUCGCUUUUCUUUUGCACGGUUUUUGUUGUUGUUCUCCGUCUUUCAACUUUUCCUCUAACUUCCUCUUUUUUGUUGUUGUUCUUCUUUUUCAUUUUUUUGUUCUUUUUGUUAAUGAUGAUGUUCUUGAUAUUUUUGUUGUUAGUGCUGUUUUUGUUGUUUUUUUUCUUCUUGCUCUUGUUUGUCUUGUUGUUUUCGUUGUUGCUGUUUUUGUUGUUUUUCUCCUUGCUAAUGUUGUUGUUCUUAUUUUUGUCUUUUGUUGGUCUUUUUGUUGA